AUGCCCAGUGUGACGGUGAAGGAUGUCAACCAGCAGGAGUUCGUCAGGGCUCUGUCCGCGUUCCUCAAGAAGUCUGGCAAGCUGAAGGUCCCAGAGUGGGUCGACACUGUGAAGCUUGCCAGACACAAGGAGAUGGCUCCCUGUGAUGACAACUGGUUUUACACCAGAGCAGCAUCCACGGCCCGUCACCUGUACCUGCGAGGAGGGGUGGGCGUCGGCUCCAUGAUCAAGAUCUACGGAGGGCGUCAGAGGAACGGCGUGUGCCCCGCCCACUUCAGCGUGGGCUCCAGGAACGUGGCGAGGAAGGUCCUCCAGGCCCUGGAGGCCCUCAAGAUGGUGGAGAAGGACCCCAGUGGGGGACGGAGACUUACCCCUCAGGGCCAGAGAGAUCUGGACAGGAUCGCUGGUCAGGUCGCCUCAGCAAACAAGAAGCAGCAAAGUUUACAAAGCGGCGUCUGA